UCGCGGUCUCUUCAGUCUACUCCAACAGUUCGCGCCGCUUACAGUUUACUCCUCCACAUAUAUAAUAACAAUAAUAAAAAAUAAUAAUAACAAGUAUUAACACUACACAAUAAACUCGUGCAUUGUCAUCGGGUCGUCGGCACAAUUUAUCGCUCGCAAUUCAACUUUAUUACCCGCGGUCUAUUUUUUUUCUUAUCAUUCACUCGAUAUUUUAUACAAAUUAACUGAGCUCGUUAAUUUUAUUUUUAAUGUGACCAAUUAAGGAGAGAAGACUGCGAGAUUGAGAAUUAUGAGGUGCAAUUGAUGAGGAAGGGGAAUAAUAAAAUUGUAAAUAAAUUAACGAGCACGGAAGUUUAAGAUUGCAAUGGAUGAAACAUCUAAAGGUCUGGAGGCUAAUGUAUGUAUCGUACCUUUUGGACACGCGACUAGAAUGCCUCCGGUCGAUAUCGAGUUCUGCGAUCUUACGUAUUCAGUACCUACGGGUAGAAAAGGUAAAAAAUUAAUUUUACGAGGAGUCAGUGGUCAAUUUCGGUCGGGUGAGCUCACAGCAAUUCUCGGGCCAUCGGGAGCUGGGAAAUCAACGCUCUUAAAUGUUCUAGCCGGUUAUAAAUGUCUAGAAAUCGGAGGACUUAUUACGAUCAACGGUCAACCACGCGAGUUACGCGAUUUCAAGAAGAUGUCCUGUUACAUUAUGCAAGAAGACCUUAUACAGCCAAAGUUAACAGUCAUUGAAUCCAUGCACUUUGCUGCUGAUCUUAAACUUGCUAAUAAUGUUACUGAGUGCACGAGAAACUCUAUUGUAGAUGAAAUAUUAGAAACAUUAAGACUGAACAAUGCAAAAAAUACAAUCUCGGAAAAAUUAUCUGGCGGUGAAAGAAAAAGAUUGUCUAUUGCAUUAGAACUCAUUAAUAAUCCACCGGUUAUUUUUUUAGAUGAACCGACCACAGGUUUAGAUGAAAUGUCAUCAAUGCAGUGCAUAGAUUUACUACAGAGGGUUGCACAAGGAGGAAGAACCGUAGUUUGUUCAAUUCAUACUCCCAGCGCAAGUAUUUUUUCAAAAUUUCAUCACGUUUACGUCGUCGCUGACGGACAAUGUGUUUAUAGAGGCUCCGUCGACGACCUUGUGCCUUAUUUUGAUGACAUAGGAAUUGAAUGUCCUAAACAUUACAACCCUGCUGAUUUUGUAAUUGAAGUAUCCAGUGGGGAAUAUGGCGAAGGGUAUGUAGAUAAAAUGGUAAAAACAGUAGAAAAAAAAUUUCCACUGCAACCGAUAGUAAAAAAAAAAAAUUCUUGUGAUAAUUAUGAGUUUGUAAACCAUAAGAAAAUGAAAGCCUCAUGGAAAUUGCAGUUCAUUACGUUAUUUAAGCGCAUGAUGUUACAGCAUUAUCGUGAUCGUAGUUAUAUGUAUUUAAAAAUAUCACUACAUAUAUUUCUGGGAUUCGUGAUCGGUGGGCUAUUUCUCGGUACCGGAAAUGAUGGUUCCAAGACAUUGUUUAAUUUCGGUUUUUGUCUAGCCUGCAUUAUUGUAUUACUUUACGUCCCAAUGUUACCGAUAUUAUUACACUACCCUACACAAGUACAAUUAGUCAAACGCGAGCAUUUUAACAGGUGGUACAAUCUCAGUCCCUAUUUUAGUGCCUUGACAGUGGCGACAAUUCCUGCACAGCUGAUAUUAAGCUCGAUAUAUCUAUCAAUGGUUUAUCUAAUAUCAGGACAGCCAUUAGAACUUUAUAGAUGCGCGAUGUUCUUCAGCACGUGUUUUGUAUGCGCGUUUAUCGCUGAAAGUAUGGGAUUUGCGAUAGCCAGCACACUCAGCAUUGUGAAUGGAAUGUUCGUCGGACCAGCGAUAACGGUCCCGCUGAUGCUGGUUGCAGUUCAAGGAUUAGGAAGUCCCGAUCCUCUGCCAAUUUAUCGCACACUUGUUAUGUAUUCAAGUUACAUAAGAUAUGCUCUUGAAGCUCUUAUAAUUUCAACUUACGGAUACAAUCGCGAGAAAUUACCGUGUCCUCCCGAGGAAGAUUAUUGUCAUUAUCGUGUACCGCGUGAAUUAUUACGAGCUAUGGGAAUGGAAAAUUGUGUUUUUUGGGUUGACUUUGCAGCACUUGUUGGAAUUUUAAUUUUAUUUAAAGCAAUAGCGUUUUAUUUAUUAAGACAGCGAUUGCGGCCUAAUAAAACGUUUCGUGCCUUAUAUCUCUUUGGAAGACUUAUUAAAAAUCGUUUAAGUAUUGAAUAAAUAUAUCAAAAUAUUAUUAUUGUUAUUUUAUAAUGUAGUGAUAAAUGUUGAUAUGUCGAUAAAAUAUUUGUUUUUAAAUUUAAUGUAAAUUAUAUUAAAUUUUUAUGGACUGAUUUAUUGGAAAUAGAAUAAAUGAAAAUAGAUUUAUUAAUUAAAUAUUUUUCAAUAAAAAAACGUAUUAUAAAAAAUAAUCUUUAGUAAUUUAUUUUAUUUUUUAAGGUGAAUUUUGAAAAUGAAAAAAAUAAUAGAAUAUUUAAUGCUGGGGCUUUGAAAAGUGAUUUUUAGUGAAAAGUCAAUCAGUAGUUUUUUGUAGAGAAUUUCAAGAGCUACAAAAAAGUGUUGAUACAUUUUUCACGUCAGCCACGUGGUUAAUGAGUUAUUAAUAGUUUAAUGACAAUUGUCAUUUACUAUAUGAAUAAUUUCUUUGUUUCAAUUAAUUGGAUAUAUUUUGUAAACUAUCAUACUUAGAGAAAAAGUCAAUCAGUACUUUUUUGUAGAAAAUUUAAAGAGCUACAAAAAAGUAUUCAUACACUUUUUAAGUCAGCCGCGCGGUUAAUGAGUUGUUAAUAGUUUAAUUACAAUUGCCAUUUACUAUAUGAACAAUUUCUUUAUUUUGAUUAAUUGGAUAUAUUUUGUUAACUAUCAUAUUUAGAGAAAAAGUCAAUCAGUACUUUGUUGUAGAGAAUUUUAAGAGCUACAAAAAAGUACUCAUACACUUUUUAAGUCAACCGCGCGGUUAAUGAGUUAUUAAUAGUUUAAUUACAAUUGUCAUUUACUAUAUGAAUAAUUUCUUAAUUUCAGUUAAUUGGAUAUAUUUUGUAAACUAUCAUAUUUAGCGAAAAAGUCAAUCAGUACUUUAUUGUAGAGAAUUUCAAGAGCUACAAAAAAGUAUCUAUACAUUUUUUACGUCAGCCGCACAGUUAAUGAGUUAUCAAUGAAUUAAUGACACACAAAUUACAAGACCAAAAUCAAUCAUUUUUUCAAAUUUUUGUUAAAAAAAAAAAUGAAAUAAUUUAAAAAAACGGCAUCAAAAAUUUCAUCAAAAUUCGAGAAAUACACGUGUCAAUAAAAAAAUAAUUUUUGUUAUUAAUCCAAUUCAUUAAAAAAUAAAUAUUCCCAUUAACGCCUCACUGAUAAUUAAUAAAAUAUUUUGAAACAAUUAAUUAAUGUCAGAUUUAAAAUUAAGAAGAAUAUUCAAUAACAACACCAAUCAUUUAUGAAAUAAUUUGAGAUAAAGAACUAAACUAGACCAUGAAUACCGAUAAAAUACCAAUUAACGCUCAGAAAAAUUUCAAAAACAUCAUUAACCUAAAAAGAAUAAAGAAAUACAAAUCAAUACCCAAAUCUCGUUUAUUUGUCCUGAAUUAUCAUUAAUUUUUCACUAUAUAAGCCCUCAUAGUUUACAAAACCUCAUUAGUAUCAACACAGAAUCGAACCGAUCGAUUAAUCAAUUUUUUGAAUCCAUUAUAUUGGAGGUUAGCUUAAAAAUGAAAGUAUUAACGGGUAUUUUUUUUCUUGCAUUAAUUCUGUUCGUUACCGGAGG